GAAACUGGGUCGUAUAAAAAUGGUGGUUAGAAGAAAAAAAAGAGAGUAAUUCGUGUUUCCUUUUUUCAUUCAUCGUUUCACAAGGCGGAGACGAAGAAGCUCGAAGUGUCUUUCUCUCUCUGUAAAUUAAUUUUCGUGGUAAGCAUCUGGUGCAUUUUUGUAGCUGUUGAAGGAGAAGGCGCCGGUGCUCGAUUUUGUUCGGAGAAUUGUUUUUGUACUCUGAUUGCAUUUUUUAUACGAUUUUUUUUACUCCAGAGGUUCCGAUGAAUUGCUUUCUUCUGUGUUGUUUUAUCUUCCGUUUCCGGAAAUUAAUCUGGAUUUAUUGUUCGACAAGUAGUGCUGGAGAUAUAGGAUUAUUAUCCUGGUUCAGAAGAUCUGAAUUGGAAGCUGUGAUUUAUUGUUCUUUCGUCGUCAAUCAGGACGUGCGUGGCGGAAUUACUGUGUUUUAGACACAUAUUUUCAGCUAAUAUGAUUUUCUGCUCACCGCUUUUGAGACGAUGAUAUGAAUGCUUGGCUUAGAAAUCCAGAUUUCGCAAGAUUCGGAGGGUUCUGUUAGCUGAUUUAUCUGAUUUCUGGAAGCAGAAGGAAAAUCUGGAUUAUAUGACGAAGAACAGAGUGCAGUGAACAGAAUUGAAGUUCGCCGGUAACGCAAGUAUUGUUAUUCAAAAAAUUGUUUUCUCAUAAUUUCGGUUUCGAUCUUUCACCAGUGAGUUCGCCCUAAAUGUUUCUGGUCAAAUUCCGCCAUUUCGUUACCUUCCUUCUCCUUGUUCAUGGCACGUCAGUGAAUUAGCUCAGAAUGCAAAGCCAGAGCCUUCGAGUUGCAGCAUUCAAACAUAUUUCUCAUCUCCUAAAAAAAUCUCAUCGCGAAUAAUGAUGAAAUCGAGCUCUCAAUUAUGUCAAAGUUUUGUUGGUUUCUCGAUCCUUGUCCAACUCUCUUUCUUUUCCCCCAAAAUUGUAGCAGAAUAUAGAUCAUGAGCCAUUCCUGCAAUUGGCUAAAUAUAUCUCAUUAUUCCGAAGUUGGUGCACGAAGCAGCGAGAUGGAGAGGAAGAAUUCCCACGCGACCAAUAGAGAUGGAUCAUUGUCCAGGUCAGCUGCUACGACGUCGUCGGACUUCGUUUUACAGUGGGGGAACCGGAAAAGGUUACGCUGUAUGAAGGUCCACGUUAAGGGCGCUACUACUAACGACCCGCCCGGUUCGGAUCCGUCUAAGCGGGUGAACCGGCGGGUAGUUAGGUCGGAUCUUCUCAAUAAUAACAAUAACAACACUACCAAGAAUCCGAUCCCAAAUCCGCCCACCUUUACCAAUGGCAAUCUGAACCUCCGCCACCGCCCCACCUCUCCGUCUCAUCGAAUUCUCAGAAAUUCAGAGAGAGAAAUUGGUAUGAGAGGGAAUAGCAAUGGUGUGAAAGGGUUGGCCUCUCCGGAUAGAGGUGAAAGAAAAGGUACAUCUACUAGCAAUAAUGGUCAUAGCCACCACCAUCACCCCAAUAAUAACAAGGCCAAUAAUAGCAAUCACAAUCAUGAAAACAACCACCACAGCGGCGGUGGUGGUUCUGGGUCAUCGGAGAACGCCCAUGAUAUAAAAAAGGGCGACGGGGAUGCCGCGGUGUGGCCCAAGUUUGUGAUCGGCUUGACCAACAAGGAGAAGGAGGAGGAUUUCAUGGCGCUUAAAGGGUCCAAGCUUCCUCAACGGCCUAAGAAGCGAGCUAAAUUGAUUCAGCGCACACUCAAUGCUAAUGGUGACUAAGGGCAUCCGCAACGCGUCUCGCCCCCGUCUCGGAGAGACAAGACGGCGGCGAGACAGCGAUGCAACCAUCCAUCUCGGUCUCGUCUCGGCGGGUGUCUCGGCCCGGAGGGUGGGUUAGCGAGACGUCUCACCACACGCCAGCGCCACAUGGUGAGCGCCGACGCUAGGUGUGACGCCCACUCGCCGACCCGCGAGUGGGCGUCGUCAUACUGACACAAUAAAUAAUUUUUAAAAUUUGAUUUUAAUAAAAAAAAUAAAAAUUAAAGAAUGUUAAUAUUACCAUUCAACGAUAAUUUUAUUAUUAUUUCUUUUUUUUUUAUUCUAUAAAUACUCCUCUUUCAUUCUCA